AAGCGUUCGCAUGUCAGAGAGGCUCGUCGUAGUUUGUUGACUAAUCCGAGAGGGUGCGGCGGUGAGGGGGUAGGGCCGAGGAACGACCGAGGAGGAAGAAGGAAAAAGGAGGAAGAUUUCGGGGUUGGAGAAGGGGAGCCGAGGAGCCGAGGUUUAAGACUGGGGACGUGUGCAAAUCAACACUUUUGCAGGUUUAGAUUUAGGCAUCGGCGAAGCUGGGGACCCGCCGGUGCCAAAAACAGCGCGGGACGCAAAUUUCGGGGAAUGGAACAAAGAACCUCGCUCUCUGACGUGAUGAGAGGUGAGCUAGAAUGGCGGACGAUGGGGACUGUGUAGGAGCGCUGCUGCUGCUGCCGCGGCGUGAGGUGCAUUGAUGCCGAACUACAACGCACUGCGCAAGUCUCUCUCCCACCGGGUGUCCUCCCCUCGGGCCACCACUGUGUGGUCCAUUACUGCCACAAUUAAUUGCUCCCGCGAGCAUUGUUGAACGCUUUUCUCUGUUCUUGCUGCGCUCUGUUGAGGAGGACUCUCUCUCUCUCUCUCUCUCUCUCGGUGUCUCUCGCGGUCUUGUCGUGCGCUUCGGUCUCUCCUGCGGGAGGAGUGCAAGGUUGUUGCUGGUCUGGCAGGCAGGCGAGGCGUUUGCAAGGAGCAGCAUUGCUGUUGUGCGAGUGUAGAGGACUGAGGGCUGGGAGGAGCAUCGAGGCAAUUCCUGAGGAACAAGUGGAGGAGGACAGUGGGUAUGUCUGCUUCUCCAUGGGGAAGAAGCAGAAGAACUGACCGCGUUGCCGAGGAUUGAAGCAUUGGCGGCAGGAGCGGUAACAGCGACCUAGCUGUGGGUGGAGAGAGCUGCAGAAGAUGGAGCUUCUGAGUGUGAGGAGUAGCCUCGUUCGGCUGAGUGUGCAGCUGCUGUUAUUUCUCUCCGUCCACACAAUACUCAUUACCGCCCAGACGCCUGGUGGCGUUGUUAUUCGAAUCGAUUGCGGCGGGUUUACCGAUUUUACGAAUCAGUUCAACGAAUCAUGGAUUGCGGACGCAUAUUACACAGGAGGAUCAGUUUCUUCUGUUUCUGACCCAGGAAAUUUUGUUCAAGAGCAAGAGCGGACCAUCCGAUACUUUCCUAUUUCUCUAGGAAAGAAACAUUGCUAUGUCGUGCCGGUGCCUACGGGAAGAUACUUCAUCCGGAUGUUCUUUGUUUAUGAUAACUAUGAUCACAAGUCGACGACACCAAGUUUUGAUGUUUCGGUGGAAGGGACAGUAGUUUUCAGCUGGAGGUCCCCGUGGGCAGAUGAUAUUGCUAUGCGAGGUGCCUAUUCGGAUCUUCACGCCUUCGUUGAGGAUGGAUUUGCUACUGUGUGCCUCUACAGCUGGGCGACAGAUUCGCCGUUGCUUGGAGCCUUGGAGAUCCUGCAGGUGGAUAAUUUGUCUUACGAUGCCGUUUCUACGGGGCAGGAGGUCAUUCUGGUGAAUUAUGGUCGUAUUACAGCAGGAAAUAGUUCAUUUGGUGCAGGAUUGAGCAAUGAUACGGAGUUAGGUGGUCGAGCGUGGGAAAUCGAUACUUCCUUCAGCACGACUCCCAAACUUCUCAUCACCACGACUGAGCCUAUUCGGAAUACCAAUGUCGCUCCGAAUUAUUUUCCAGAGAGACUUUUUCAGAGCGCGCGCGUUGCACCAACCAAUCUUUCUAUGAGUUACAACUUCACAGUAGACUCUAGCUUGGAUUACAUGCUUUGGUUUCAUUUCGCUGAAUUUGAGCCAAGUAUAAGUGGCCCAGGUCAAAGAGUAUUCAACAUUACUGUGAAUGAGGAUGUCAUAUUUACCGAAGUUGAUGUCUUCAAGUUGGCUGGAAACUAUGCGGCGCUCUCGCUGAACUACACCUACAGCAAUUUGACGGACACGAACUUGGUUGUCACAUUUGAGCCUGUGAUUGGCGAGCCGCUUAUCUGUGGCAUGGAGGUUCUGGCAAUUCUUGAGGUUGAAAUUGGAACGGACAGCAGAGAAGCUGCUGCUAUGCAACAGUUGAAGACAUCUUUACAGGUCCCUGAUCGAAUGGGUUGGAAUGGAGACCCAUGUUCCCCUUCGAGUUGGGACGCUUGGGAAGGUGUCAGUUGUACCUUGGACAACGAAGUCAAUGCCCUAGUUAUCAUGCGAUUGGAUCUUUCCAAUCAGGGUCUGAAGGGGUACAUAAGCGACCAAAUCACGCAGCUUAAGUAUCUGACUUUUAUGAAUUUUAGCAACAAUGACAUUAGCGGUAGUAUUCCAUCAGGUCUUGGAGGUGGUGCCCUCGAGAGCGUGGAUUUGUCCACUAAUUCUUUGACGGGCAUAAUACCCGACAGCUUGGGUGCAUCUCAGCUUACUCGCGUACUUUUGAACCAAAAUCUCUUGACUGGGCUCGUUCCGGAGGCCCUUUAUUCUAUAGGUGUGCGCGGUGGGUUUAUCAACUUGUCACAAAAUCAAGGACUGUGCGGAGUGCCAUCACUACCAACGUGCCCCCAUUUUUGGGAGGACUCCGGAUUGUCGGCUGGAGCAAAAGCUGGUAUUGUGCUGGCAAGUUUGGUCGGAGCAGCGGUUUUCUUGUUCUUGGUAUGUUUCUGUAUCAGAAAGAGGAAUUCUGAAGACGACUACAACUUCGGUCUUCCUCACCAGCUCGCAAUGAGGCAUAAGCGGUACAUGUUGUACCGAGCGACGUUGCAGUCCAACAACGAAGAUAGUCAUAUGAUGAGGGUUUCUCCUGGUAAAUACGGAUUCUCAUCUACCAUGAAUGCUCUUUAAAUAUUGAUGCAGAAUGGAACUGCAACUGGUCGUGCUUUAAUUUCAUACUGGGACUAGAGUUGAAGGCAGUUACUGUCUUGCUAGGUUCCCCACAACUUCACAACGGGAGACUGUAGGAGUAAGCUUGAAAAGAAGUUACGUUGUCCCGACAACUCAAUUAUAUCAAGUUUUGAUCAACAUAAGAUCAUGAUUUUGUCGACGUCUUAGAAACUGGUACCCUUCCCCAGGUUGUACGUAUAUUAGGUGUAAGAGUAGUUAGAAAAAGGUGUAGAUCUUGUCGUCGAACAGAUCCGACUGGUGAUUGUAACCAUGGACAGUCAAAGCAAAUCAAUGAAUAGCUGAAGUUUCAUUUUAGUCCAAGUGUGUGCUUUGGGACCCAUCUCUUGAGGCGUUAAACCACUAGAAGUUUCUCAAUGUCUACGGUGACGAGUGUGUCUUGCUGCAAGGUACUGGCAGUCAUACACUUACUGCGGUGAAC